AUGUACGUCAGAUUCUACUCCUCCCAGCAGAUCGCGAGCAACAAAUCAUCGCUAAACUCACAAAUGGACAGAUCAGAUUUUGAAGAAGCAAUUCGUAUUUUAGAGAAUACGACCGAGUUUGUGAACCUAAUAAAAAACUACCAGAACCAUCUCAUAGCUAACAUUAGUAUCCUGGUAUUGCAGACCACCCAACACAACACUGAUACUCUGUUCUCUAGCCUGCAGUUGUCCAAGUGGCGUUCCGCCAGUUUUCGGGACCGGACGCUGACAGUUUCCCUCCUCUCUGUGAUCCUCCUGGUGUCUGUGAUUAUCGUCUCGUUGGUGGUUCAUGCUACCCACACUAUACAGACGUAUGCCAACACCCUGGUCCGCCGCACCGUUCAACUGCGAACGGAGAAGCGGAAGAGCGACUGUCUUCUCAGCCAAAUGCUGCCCCUGCCUGUCAUACGGCAACUGAAGCAACACAAGCAAGUUGUAGCUGAGAACUUCGAGAGUGUUACGGUGUACUUCAGUGACAUCGUAGGCUUCACGAGGAUCUCUGCCAAGAGCUCCCCUAUGGAGGUUGACAACAUGCUCAACAAUCUGUACCGCCUUUUUGACUCCCGCAUCCAAAAGUACGACGUCUACAAGGUGGAGACCAUCGGAGACUCAUACAUGGUUGUCAGCGGGCUGCCGCAGAAGAAUGGCAACAAGCACGCUGCAGAGGUUGCCACGAUGUCACUGGACCUGUUGUUUAGUCUGGAACACUUCCGGAUUCCUCACCGACCUCAUGAGUCCCUGGAAGUCCGGGUGGGACUCAACACUGGACCUUGUGUCGCCGGCAUCGUAGGUACCACCAUGCCGCGCUACUGUCUCUUCGGCGACACUGUCAACACUGCUUCUCGUAUGGAAUCCACAGGGGAAGCAAUGAAGAUCCACAUGACCAGCGAGACCAAAGAUUACCUGGAAUUGGAGGGCGGCUUCUACAUGGAGUUGAGAGGUCAGAUGGAGAUCAAGGGCAAGGGUAUCAUGAACACAUACUGGCUGACGGGAAAAGAGGGAGGCGUUGGCUCGAGCACCGAGAUCGAGUUCACCGAAGACUGCACCUACAUCCCAGAGUUCCUGCAGAUCAUCGGUACUCCGACUCCACAAGACGACGAGCUGCUGCCGCCAUAGUAUCAGGAUGUUCGGUGUCUGGACGGCAGCCUCCUCGCCCCCAACACCGACAUAGAGAUGUGUGAGCGCAGAUUCUCAUUGUUCUCUCAGAAAAUUAAUAUUUUCGGUAACCAUUGAAUACGACGGUCUACUGUCCUCUGUCAUCGCUUCAGAAUGAAUCAAGUUGCUGCUGAAUAGGAAAGUUUUACUUUGCCAACAACUUUAAAUGGCAAAUUUCUAGCCAAUAAUGGUAUAAGUCCAUUCAACAAUUAGGAAAGCGUCUAUAGUGUUGGUGAUAGUGAUAAAUGGUGUUUUAAUAACGGUAUUAAAUAACAUUCUUUUAUAAACCAUAGAUUUGUAACAUGCAUUGGUUUUCUGAGAUUCCGAGAUAAUAAAUGAGGGCUUCUAGUGAGGAAAGAAUAAAUAUGAAUACAAUUUUUACAUGAGCAAA